ACUUACAACACUUGAACGAAGUGGAUUAAAAACAAAUAAUAGACGUCUGAUUGGAUUACCACUAAUCGUUCGAUUACUAACAGUCUCGACUCGGCCUACAGACGUACUGCUCGUCAAUCAAACAACUUUUCCAAUACGACAUGACAUUGAACCUCACGCCGUUAAAAUAUCUUCUGUUAAUUGAAAAUAUUACGUGUGUGUUCAGAAAUUAUUCGCUUUUAACAAGAUGUGCGCGUAUUCUUGCCUUUGCUUGGUUCUUUCUAGAAGUCCUCUCUAUUUUGACCAAUGCUAUGAUCAAUUUCGCGUUAGAAAAUGAAAUGCAUAUAAAGGCACAACGCAUCUAUUUCCUAACAUCCAUCGGCUUCUCACUUUACGUCAUGGUGGCAGCUGUGUUUUACUCGAAAAAGUUUUACGGUUUACUUUUGAACUUCGAUGCAUUCUAUCACAUUUUCGACGAUAGAAUUUACAACCAUAAAUUGAUGAAAGCGCAAAAAAUUAUGACGAUUACCAUCAUUUUGUUUUGCUUGAUAAAGAUAGUAACCUCGACAGCAGUUCGACUGUGUAACCGGAGGAGUACGGAGAUUAUGAUUAAAGUAAUUUUGUACAAUUACAACUUCAACUUCUCAGAUUUCCGUUAUUUAUUUGAAUAUUUUGUACUGUAUUCUAUUUUGUUCGUGAUUUGUGAGCAACUGAGGACCAUCACGCGAUCAAUAGACAGGGAGCUGUCGCCUCCGAGAGAGAUGCGAGAGAAUGUGGAGCUCGCGGGAGAUUUGUCGAGCGUAACCGUCAGCCAUGACAAGAUAAAUAAAUGGGUGAAAGCGUAUGAAAAUAUUAACGACACCUCGAAUUUAUGCAACGCAAUGUUUAGCAUACAGUUGACUGUAAUGAUUUUGAUAGUAACCGUAUAUUACAUAUUACUGAUGUAUAGCAUUACGAUAAUAUCCGUUGAGGGCAGCCAAACAAUGACUUUAUCAAUGUUUGCACACUUUUUCUCGAUGGUGAUAUUCCUGAUUGCACUGUUUAUGAUAUCUCGCGCCGGACAGAAGGUACAGAACAGCUCUUUGCAGCUCAGGCAGAAGCUCUGCGAACUCUGUGUCUCCACUCUAGACAAUAUUGUUUGA